CUAACGCGGUGUAAAUUUGAUGUUUAAAAAUACAAUAUAUAUUAAGCGUUUGCUCAGUUAUAAUGACUUAACUGAAAGUUUAGGCAAUGUGUAUAUGUAAAUUUUGGAUUUUCCCCACAGACCCCCACAGCAGGUCAAGACAAUGAAAAAAAAUGACAUUGUUAGUUGAACCUGUUAUCUCCACUAGCAACAUUGUUACGUCAAAUAAUUAUAUUCGUUGAAUUGUUGACUGUAAGAUAUCUUUUGGGUGAAAAGAUUCUAUUGGUUCUUCAUUGUCAAUAAAGCAGCGAACGGCCGAUGUGGUUUGCAAAUAAUGACUUUCUCUCUCUUUAAAAAUAAGAGACGGCAACGAUGAAUUUUUAAUAGUAAAAAGUCAUGUUUCGUCCAUUUGCAGUCUUUUCAUAUUAUCGCGUUUGAGAGAGAGAUUUAAGUAACGCAGAGGAGACUUUUUGCAAGAAAAUAAUCUCGUUAUGGCUCGGGAAGAAUCAAAGACUCAGCCAUCGCUCCACAAGUACAUGAGGAGAAGAAAACUUUUAUCCAAAAGUGGAUUUUACUUGGAAAUUAAAGGAAGUGGCGAAGUGUCGUGCACGAGAGACGAGUCAAGUGUUUACAGCUCGCUUCUAUUCCUAUCUAUUGGACCAAAUUUUGUAGCCAUUGUUGGCGAGGAAGCAAGAAGGUACUUAGCAAUUGACGAGCAUGGCAAAGUGUUUACAACGAUGACUGAAAGAAAAGAAUGUGUGUUUCGUGAGUUUCUGGGCAGGAACUUUUUCUCUCUCUUUCGAACCUGCCAUUCAGACUCCAAGGGACGAGGAUGGUACCUUUCCUUAGAUGACCUGGGUAAAAUAAGAACAGAAAAGGUAUCUUACAGUAAUGAGCCUCAACUUCACUUCCUUGUCAAAGUAGUAAACGAAAAACAUCACGGGAAACUGUAUCAAACACGUGAAAGGAGGGCCAGGGCACCGAUGAGGCAUGUAGAAGAUGAACCAGUGUGGGUUCGUCGUUCCGCCUGUGAAAGUUCACAUCGGUCAAGGUCAAGAUCGUCAAGUCCAGGAAGUAAAUCUGGAAGAUCUAGUAGCGCAAGUCCAGCUAGUACCAUAUCUGGUCAGUCAGAAUAUGGCAGCCCGGUUGGGUUCUUGUAUGGUCGCCCUGACAUAAGAAGUCCAGUCAGUGUGUCUGGCCGAUCUGAAUAUGGCAGUCCAUUACCAUUUCCUCAACAUUCUGGUGUAACAAGUCCAGUCAGUGUGUCUGGUCGAUCUGAAUAUGGCAGCCCAUUACCAUUUCCUCAACAUUCUGGACAAACAAGUCCAGUCAGUGUGUCUGGUCGAUCUGAAUAUGGUACCCCAAUACCUUUCCCUCAACAUUCUGGUCGUGUAAAUAGUCCAUCAACUUUAGCUGUUCAUCCUGUGUACAGGAAUCCAGGGGCAUCAAUGUCUCAUCAGUCAAUUCAAACUAGUCCAGUGAAAGAUGGUCAACCAAGUCCAGGAAGUUUAUCGAGUCAAUCUAGCAGCUCUGUGUCCAGUAAAGGCUCUGUCCGUUUUGGGAAGAUAUACAAAGAUACUCAUACUAAACAUCUUUGAGCGCGAUCGUCAUUUWAAAAAAAUCAAAAGCCUUUUACGAUAUAGUGUCUUAAUUUUGGUAUAAAUCAAAAGACAGUUUCCUAAAAACACUCUUUUAUUUCUUCUCCAUUCGUAAGUUAGUUGUUAAUAAGAUUAUUUUACGUAUUGCAUGUCCCACACGAUUUUUUGCAAGUCUUUCUCACGUGUCUGUUUUGAUGACAGAGUUUCUGCUUUCUCCAGAAAUGGCACAUGACAUUAUUGUCGGUACAAAGAAUGUAUUCUGGUAAAAGGAAAAGAAAAAGAUGUUUAUAUUCAAAGAAAGUAUUGAAUGAUACGAUAAGAUGCUGGAAAGGGGAGGAGAGGAUCGGAGAGAAGAAGGAGGGAUAGUCUGCGUGCGUGCUUACACUGUAAACCCAAACA